GCAAAAUCAAAACAAAUGGCGGCCGAAAUCUGAUCGAAGUGCGCAACAAAUUGUUGCUGCUCAGCGAAAAUCAACCUGGGCCCAUUUUCACAGCGUGAAAACAAUGCAGUGACACAGAGGCAUGAUAUUUAGCGUCCCAUCUCUCUACAUUUUGGUGUAUGAAGCAUGCAAGAAAUGUCGGUUCAGUCAAACGAGUGGAGAAAAUAUCAAACCAACUUUACUCAGCAUCCCGUCGAUUGAUGAUAGUGGCACGGAAAUGGACCAGGAGAGUUCCGAAGAGCAAUCAGGGGCAGCAGCUGAACGGACCAAAUCUGUCCAGCCGCUGCAGAAGGAAAUCCAGCAGGGCAACUCGUCCGAUUCAGCGUUUUAUCAUGAGGAGGCGGGCAUCCAGUUCAGCACCCCUGUUUACAUCCAGAGGUACUGCGCCGUUGUUGAAGCCCUGCAGGACACUCGGUGGAAGGGAAAGAUGAAAACGGUAGUGGACAUGGGCUGCUCCGAGUUAGGAUUUUUUCAGCAUUUGAAGAACACUGAGGGGCUGACAAAAAUCAUUGCUGUUGACGUAGACCUGUUCAUUCUUGAGUCGUUUUCCUGGAAAGUGGCACCUCUGUGUGCAGAUUUUCUCAGGACACGAGAUGAAGAGUUGAGUGUGAUUGUGAUGAAAGGCAGUGUUUCCCAAUACGACAGCUGCUUAGAGGGUUGUGAUGCCUUAGUCUGCAUAGAAUUAAUCGAGCACCUUUUUCCUGAGGAAUUGGAUGCCCUUCCAUAUGUUAUACUUGGUCAAGUGCAGCCACAAAUUGCUGUGUUCACCACGCCGAAUGAUGAAUUCAACGUUCUAUUCAACAAUCCCACUAAAAGAUUCCGUCAUCCAGACCAUAAAUUUGAAUGGACCAGAGAGCAGUUUGAAGACUGGGCAAAAAAUUUGACUGAAAGGUACCCAUUCUACAAAGUUGAGUUUGUUGGAAUUGGAACCGGACCGGAGGGAACCGAGGAGACAAAUGGAUGCUGUUCCCAAAUGGCCCUUUUCUACAGAGAAGAUCUGAUUAGCGGAGGCCCGUCAAAAAUUAUCCCUCCUUCGAAGGAAUCAAACUACAAGUUGGUCAAGGAGGUUGUGUAUCCAAAAAACAAAGAGUCGCCUCUUGACGUAGCGCACAAAGCAAAGUGCAAAGCUGAGUAUCACAUUCAUGCACUGGGUGGAGACUCCAGUUUUGACGAACCCAAUGGAGAUACGCUAAUCCCUCUCACAAUCAUUCUCCAAUUUGUCGGCGAAUACUUCCAAAACACUGUCUCUUUGAGGGAAUGUCUUGAAAGCCACAAUUGGAAAGUCCAGUUGAACUCCUGUGGUCAGCAGUGCAUAAAAUACGAAAACGUAUGCAGCGACAACUCUGAAUUUUCCGACGAGGCAGACGUUGACAGCGUUCAUUUUGAGCCAUGCCACUACACAUCCAGAGGAGCAGAAUUUGGACUUGAACAGGCUGCCCCUCGACCAUGGCAGUCGGAGCCGCACCUCCAAGCUGCAUUUCCUUUUGCACAACAAUAUGAAGCACCUGCCGCAGAGUCUCUGAUGUUUAGAUCAGUAAACGAGAGGCAAAUAUUCGGCUACAAAUCUUCCAUGUCAGACCCUAUUCGAGUCGACGACAGCGGAUAUCCCAAUUCUGCCUCUGUUCAGGACAUGGAUGUUACCCUUGGCUCAAGUGAUGAUCUCAGCGCCUCCAAUGAUGAGGACGAUGAAGCGGAAGAGGACGAUGAAAAUCAGGCACCUAGAGUUGCAGGUCCUCCUCCUCCCUUUGUCCCACCAGCUGCCAUUCCAGCAAAUAACCACGACGCCGUCAACAAUAACAGGGAUGAUGAGGGCAACGACCUGGGCUUGGAAAUGAUUCCAUUAGAACAGCCACCAGUUGCUGUACCUAGACCUCCAGAGUUCCCCAGGUGGCUACUACUUGUGUUGGCAGAUGAGAGAGACGAGGGUUUUGCGGAUGAGUCAUCCAGCUCAGAGGACGACUAGACUGACAGCGAGUGAGGAAUCAACAAAAUUCUAUUGUUCAUAAUAUCUUUGAUGUAUUUUUAUAUUUUGGCUCAACAAACUGUAUGAUUAGGGAUGAUUUAAUCAAUACGAGAGCUUCAGUGAGAUUUUAUUCAGUAGAACACUAUGAACUUAUUUUCUAUGUAAUUGCACAAGAUUCAAAAUUUAUUUUAAAUUUAAUAAUAGCUCUUGGAGACCAACUUAACAAUUUCUUUGAAUUUUCCUGUAAAAACUGCACAAUAUGCAUAAACUGUCAAAAAUUGUAACGUUAUUAAUCAUAAUUGGGACAUAGAUGAGUCGAUGAAUAGAUAGAUCAAAGUUUCAAAAAGUCAAAACUCUCAUUCCUAAACAUAUGCGAUUUUGUGAUCUUAAGAAAUUUGUGAUUUGUAGAGUGUAAAAAUUGUCUGUAUAAUUAUAGAGAUCAGUCGCGUUUAAUUGUAAGGUCUUCAAGUUAUCCGCCUCAAUUGCAAAUAUCAGUAUCGUCUUGAUUUUCAAGUAAAACAAAUGCAUUUUAACUUGUGGCGCAAUCAUUGACAUGCAUGCAUUUAAAAACACAUUAAAAGUGAGCUUGAUGUGACAAAAACAUAAUAAUUUGAUUCUCGUGU